CCUGUGAUGAGCCGCAGCCCGCCGCGAACCCUGCCCCCGGGCGCGCACCCCCGGUUGCUCCUGGCAGCUCCUGCCGCGCCGCCGCGCCCCUUGCUCCUGCCGUGGCCCCGGCGCCCGGGUCGCCGCUGGCCCGCGUCCCCGUUCGGAAUGAAGGUGUUCCGCAGGAAGGCGCUGGUACUGUGCGCGGGCUAUGCGCUGCUGCUGGUGCUCACCAUGCUCAACCUCCUGGACUACAAGUGGCACAAGGAGCCGCUGCAGCAGUGCAGCCCCGACGGGCAGCUGGGUGCCGCGGCGGGGGCGGCUGGGGGCGGCUGGGGGCGCCCGGGGCCUUUUCCGGCCGGGCCGCCCCGCUCACACACCCGCUUGGACCCCCGCGUCGCGUACCGCCCUCCUGCCGCUGCCGUCGGGGCCGCUUCGGCGGGGGCGGCUGGGGCCGCUGCCCCUCCCAGCAAUGGAACUAGGGGCACCGGGGGCGGCGGGGACAAGCGGCAGUUGGUGUAUGUAUUCACCACGUGGCGCUCAGGCUCGUCCUUCUUCGGUGAGCUCUUCAACCAGAACCCCGAGGUGUUCUUCCUCUACGAGCCUGUGUGGCACGUGUGGCAAAAACUGUAUCCAGGGGACGCGGUUUCCCUGCAAGGGGCGGCGCGGGACAUGCUGAGCGCUCUCUACCGCUGCGACCUCUCGGUUUUCCAGCUGUACAGCCCCGCGGGCAGCGGGGGGCGCAACCUCACCACACUGGGCAUUUUCGGCGCAGCCACCAACAAGGUAGUAUGCUCUUCGCCGCUCUGUCCCGCCUAUCGCAAAGAGGUCGUGGGGCUGGUGGACGAUCGCGUGUGCAAGAAGUGCCCACCACAGCGCCUGGCGCGCUUUGAGGAGGAGUGCCGCAAGUACCGCACGCUGGUCAUCAAGGGUGUGCGUGUCUUCGACGUGGCCGUGCUGGCGCCACUGCUCCGCGACCCUGCUCUGGACCUCAAGGUCAUACACCUGGUGCGUGAUCCUCGUGCUGUGGCCAGUUCGCGCAUCCGUUCGCGCCACGGUCUCAUCCGUGAGAGCCUGCAGGUAGUGCGCAGCCGGGACCCUCGAGCCCACCGCAUGCCCUUCCUGGAAGCCGCUGGCCACAAGAUGGGCGCCAAGAAGGAGAGUGUGGGUGGCCCUGCAGACUACCACGCGCUUGGCGCCAUGGAGGUCAUCUGCAACAGCAUGGCCAAGACGCUGCAGACAGCCUUGCAGCCUCCUGACUGGCUGCAAGGCCAUUACCUAGUGGUGCGGUACGAAGAUCUGGUGGGGGACCCCGUCAAGACCCUACGGAGGGUGUACGACUUUGUGGGGCUGCUGGUGAGCCCCGAAAUGGAACAGUUUGCCCUCAACAUGACCAGCGGCUCAGGCUCCUCCUCCAAGCCUUUUGUGGUGUCCGCGCGCAAUGCCACGCAGGCCGCCAACGCCUGGCGGACCGCCCUCACCUUCCAGCAGAUCAAACAAGUGGAGGAGUUUUGCUACCAGCCCAUGGCAGUGCUGGGCUAUGAGCGGGUCAAUAGCCCGGAGGAGGUCAAAGAUCUGAGCAAGACCCUGCUCCGGAAGCCCCGGCUCUAAGAGGGGUUCCUGGGAGACCUGACCCCAGGCAGAGACACCCACAGGAGGAUUGUGGUGUAUUUAAACAAAAACAACCCAGACCCAAACUGAGGAAGUUCACAUAUUCUAUUAUAGAUUAUAAUAUAAAUAACCAUACAGUCACUGGCUGUCAAUGUUUUGAGUCUUUGAAUUUCAAGAAAUAGCCGCAGUACACACAUCUCAGAAAAGGCGAGACCUGAAAGUUCUUACCAGAUGCCCUUCCUCUUCUCUUCGUGCAUUUCCUCCCUUCCCUUUUCUCCCAUUUCUUACCCUCUCCCCAUUCUGGUUUCCAUUUCGAAGUGGGAUGUUGAUUCAAUCAAGAUCCAGUAACUCAAAUCUUGUUUACAAACUUUUCGUGGUGUCUGUGAACAUGUGAAAGAGUAAUUUGGAUGUGGGGGGUGGGGUGGAGAAAGGGGAAGUGGUCCAGGAUCAAAAAGCCCCACUGGGCAUGAUGAAUCAAGGAGGCAUUCUUUCAAAGUAGACUUGUGUACAAAGCAAAGGUUACAUGUGAGUAUUAAUAAAGAAGAUAAUAAAUAAUAUUCUUUUUUUAUAUUUGCCUCCAUUACUUUGGAUUUACGUGUGCUACUUGUUCUGUGUAGCUUCAGAUGGAAUCUGUUUCCCCUCCCCACAUCCCCUUUCCCCAGUCUGUUUUCCUGGAAAACAGCUAAGAUGGGUGGGGGCAGCUUUUGACUCCUGGAUAAAAACCUGGGACUUGUUUCCUCACACGUAAAUCACAGCCUGUCAGGUGCCCAGAAAUGGGAACAAAUCUUCCAAUUCUGAAAGCAAAAACCCAAGCAGGGCAGUGGAAGACAAAGCGUACGCUACUUUCCUGUUCCUCUUGGAGCACAGAGAGGAAGAAGCAGCCCCUUGAGGAUGUGAAGGCAUUCAGUUUUGAUUACUGUUGAGACUGGGAAACCUUGAAGCAGAGACAUGUUUUGGUCCUGAGGUUGGUUCAGAAAAAGGGUUUUAAAAAAUGAAAAGUAUGUAGCAAAAAUUCUGAUCAUUAGAACAUAAACCUCAAAAAUUAGUGUGACCAUAAUUUUGGCAAUGGUAGCAACUUCUUUGGUUAGAAAAGUGACAGAAGUAUAUGUGUCUGGAGUGUUUUUCUGCCUCUGACAUAGUUCACAGAGGCAUAUUAAAGGAAGUUCUAUCUGAGAACCGUGAGGGCACUCACAGGCAUCUCCUCUUCUUCCUCAUAUCCCAUCCAGAUUAGUGUGAAAGAGAGUGAAUUUAUCAGUUUACUUGGCAUCCCAUGGGACGGUUGCCUUUGUCAUGUUUCCUAAAAGUAAAAUUGCAAAGAAACUAUAACGUGUUGCAGGCAGUAUAAGGCUUCAGCCAAGAGUUUCUAUUAGAUAUGAAAAUGAAUUGUGAAGAAGAGGAAAUGAAAAUGUAUUAUGAGUUUGUGUGUUGAACUUUGAGAUUUGGUGUUUUCCAGGUAGAAAAACUGUUGCGAUUUUCCUGCACUGGUAAUAGUAUUGUUGCUGUCUUGAGCCCAUUUGAACUGAAGCAUUCUGCAGAAUGUCAUAUGAUUAGAGGUUAUGAAACCUAAAUAGGAACGAGAGAGUGUGUAGUUAUGUAUUACAUUAAAUAUGGUGCAAGUUCAAUAUCAUCAUGGCUUUAUUUUACUAUAAUUUAUUGUGAGAUCUCUGUGGCCAACCUGUAUAGGUUAAAUGCUGAGGAUUUUAUUUUAAGAAAAUAUGAAAAAUAAUAUGUACAUGGGAAAUAUUUUAACACAAAAUGAUUCGUAAGUAUAAUUUUCAUUGCAAUGUGAAAUCUAACUACACUCCAUAAUUCCAAGGUGAAACACAGUUUAAAAAUGUUAAGAAAAAGAUGAAUUUAGCAGUGGUUUUUGUAAUAUAUUUUAGAAUGGAUUAUUUCUUAAUUGACUAGUUUAUAGUAUUGCAUUUAUUAAGCCAGAUUGCAGUGAUUAACACACUGAUUAUGCUUUCUGUGAUAUUUUCAUGGGUGCUCCUAUGCUGUUAUCUUCAGCAGCAGUAGAAUAUUUCUAAUAGCUUUAAUUUAAGAAUAUUUAAAAAUUAAAUGAGCAAAAUAAAUAUUAAUGACUGUAGAUGAAACAGGUUUUACAGGAAAUUAAGACGGCAUCAUUAAAAAGCAACCAUUCUGAAUAAAAUAACCAUUGAAAAACAAAUUUCA